CGUGCUCGCAGUCAUUCCACGGAUAUCACUACUAGCACACAGUCGUACAGCACCGCACUAGCAGAGCCAUGGGUACGUUUCGCCAACGAAUGGUCGCGAUCGCAACGGUCCUUGCAAUAUUCGCCGCAGCGCCGAGCGUUUCGAGAUCGGUUAACAUCAGUAGUUCUUGGUUGCUGCCUCAAAACGAGUUUCCGGUAUUUUAUCGACAUUUCAGAGAUAGAGUGACAUGGUUUGAAGCCGAUGCAGUGUGCCAAUUUCACCACGCUCAACUAGCCACAGUUGAAUCUAACAGUCAAUUUGAAGCAAUACGUACUUAUCUGAAGGAAUUAGACGUGAUCGAGAAUGUUUGGAUUGGUUUGAAACGCAAUAGUGAGGCUAGUGAAUUUACUUGGACUAAUUACCAGCCCCUCGCGAGGAGUGGAUACUUUAGAGAAGAAGUUCCACGUUCGUCGGACCCAGUUUGCGUUGUCACUGACCCUACAGCCAACUUCAAAUGGCACAGCUUACACUGUGGAGGACCUGAAGUAGCAUCAUUUGUUUGUGAACUCCCAGUUCCAUAUUGGGCUUCUAAGAAUAAUGGAUGCAUGACAAGUAUGAUGGAAGGAAUGACAGUAACUUUCUUGCCAGAACGUCCCGCCAUUCAACUCACUAAGGAAUGUAGUCCAGGAGUAUCCAAAAACGUUACUUGCAAAGGAAACAUGAAACAAUCGGAAAUAAAUGAAAAAUUAAGCUGUCCAAAUUCUAAUAAAUCACUGAAGACAUUAUUUAAGCCUGUCAAACCUGAACCAGUUGAAAUUAAGUUAAGAACAACAACUUCAAGUUCAGAUUCAGACGUUGAAGACUACGCUAUUGAGAUGGCCACGAUUGCUCAGUACAGCGACGAAACGUUUCAGUCAAUAUCUAAAGUGAUGCGACGUGGUAGCGGUGGCAUCAUCAACUUGCCACAAGAAAUGUCAAUUGCUCAAGAACCUAUUAAGUCUUUAGGCCGAGGAGGUUUUGACACCAACGGCAUUGAUUCAGCGUUUAUUGGAGGCCAGGCUGAAACCGCUAAUACCGGAGCUAGUAGCAUCAGCAUCAGUACGAGCACUAGCACUAAUAUCGCCAGCUCUGUGUCCGAUAAGAGCACGGUAACUAGCUCCAGCACUACCAGUACAUUUAGCACCACACCAAAAAGUGAACCGAAAACUACAUCGGCAAUGACUAAGAAACAAAUGACAACAACACCCAUUAAAACAGCUACCGAGACUAAGACUCUUGCCGGUUUAGUCACGCUUGGCACGACGUCCAGUACUACGACCCACGCGACUACCGUAAAUAAAGCAACCACCUCAUCUAUGAAAACAACUACUACGAAACGAAUUGUGACAACCGACGGAGGUACUUCGACCGAUAGUAGCCAACCGACCGAAACUUUAACCACCACACCCACGACCUCCACCAGUAGCAAUCAUCAACAUCAUCACUAUCGUGACUACUUAGCCAAUACGACCUACACCAACGUCGAUGACAACUCUCACGUUUACGCCACCACAACCACUAAGCCCAGGAGCCAACCAACUGCGCAAAUGACGACCACUGAGAAGAUACACACCGUGGCCAAAAUGUUGACCACUGAGUCCGGUAACAUCCGUCGGGUCACUGGCAAUAGUCGUCGGCCAACCGCUGCCACGCUAGCAGCCAUCGCGACAGUCGUUGCAAAAAUCCCGUUUACCGUUGCUUCCGCGUCAACUUCUACCACUAGCACUACCGGUCGCCCACUUAACUCAUUGCGUUCAUACGCUAACUAUGGAAACGGAUACAUAGCCAAGGUGAAUGAUGCCCCGACUAUCGAGCCAACGAUUCGCGUAUAUAAGAAAAUCGAUUUACCGGAAUUGUUGAUCAAUAACGACCGCGAUUACGCCACACACAGGCCCAAAGCCACUUCAUUUUCUGGAACCUCGGCUACCACGUUUUCUAGUCCCAUAAAGUCCGCUAAAACUGAAAACAAUAAUGUGGCAACUACGCGGUCUUCGACACAGACGCCGGCCAUGACCGCCUCUACCACCAUCAGCGCUUCUAUCAAACCUGUCGAUACCCUAAACAAUAGUACAUACACUGCCACCGAAACUUCUACUACCAACACCGUAUCUAACACGUCACCAGCAGCUAUUGUCGUUGACAAAUCAAGUGCUGAUACUUACAGUUGGAACCUCAUUACGUCGUCCCCAUCGUCUCUACCCGCCAAAAUAGUCAGCGACGCCGCCUCCAUGUCCCCAUUCGACGUCACAUCUUCCACCAGUGAUAUUGCGACUGCUAAUACCGCCGCAGAAGCUACCACUGUCACUGCCGCAAUUACCACAACGACUAAAACCAGCGCUGCUAGCACCACCACUGUUGCUGCCACCACCACUGCUGCCGCUAACCACCGGAAAAUCGCCAACUAUGACACAUAUACUGACCACCCUAAUCGCAACCGUCACAUAGUCCGCCCCAAACAACAGCACCACCAUUCCUACCCAUACAUCUUGUACAGACUUUUGGGAUAAACGGAAUCCUGUCUCUCCUCCCUCUCAAACGCUUCAAUCACUUUUACCAUGGUCUAUUUCCAACACUAUUUAAUUUCCUGUUCAUCUCAUAUCCGUCGUCCUCACCCUAACCGAAUUGCAUAAUUACAAUAUUACUGCACAAAAUACAAAACACAUUCAUUAUAUUUAGGUACUUACUACACGCCAUUCUGAAUUAUACCCUACGAAAGUAACGAUCGGGUGCAAACAUUUUUUCACAAAGUGCUCAAUUCACCAUUUUGCUACACAAACUUUUUUAUGUUCGAGAUAAUUUCGGGCACAUACUCGUAUAUUUCAGUUUUCAAAAACCUAUAUUCAUAGCCUAGCGAGUUUACUGGUUGUGGGCACACGACAAAUGUUAAACUGAUAAUUGACAAGCUAGUCGGGUUUCACCAAAUAAGUCAACGACGAUAAAACUUUCUUUAAACGAGUUCAAUCGAAUCUAUAGUUAAUUAAUCAUUUUUCAAUAUCUUAAUACUCUGCUACGACAAAAAUGAAAAUUUCACUAUAGAUACAAACUAAAAGGAGCGUAAGCAAAAACUUCUUGUCAGGCAGUUAUAUUAAAUACAAUGAUCGAAAAUACACCGGAAUACAAUGAUCAAAUUCUAAAUUCAAUAUUGAUUCCGAUUUUCAAUUAAAAAUAAAACAUAAAAUCAGUUAUAACUUAUAACUUCCUUUCUUACAGAGAUAAUAUUGAUAUUAUUCAAUGGAAAUACUUUCUAAUUUAAAUUGUUUUUGUUAGUCUUUUGUCAUCAGCUUACAUUAUUCAAAACGCACUUACUUGAUUAUUAAUUAUCAACGAUAUUUUAGA